AUGGCUUUCUGGCUAAAUCUGAAUGAUAUCGCUGAUUCGAUUGGUUUCUCUUCAGCAAUCCUGAUCAACUCAAUCCUUCUUCUCCUCAUUCAAAAUCGCUGCAAGAAUAUUGGAACCUAUAAAUAUCUGAUGGCCACAUUCUCGAUCUUCAGUAUGAUCUACGCGGUGACCGAAACUAUGCUAAGACCUGUGAGUUAGCCUAACUUCUUCUGGAUGAAUUAGAUGUUCUAGAUAAUGCACAUCGAGAAUACCACCUAUUUCCUGAUCUCGAGAAAACGUUUCGAUUAUUCGACGGGCUUGGCGAAAAUCAAUUCAGCAAUGUAUUGCGGAUGCUUCGCGGCCACUUUUAUUUUGACAGCACUUCAUUAUAUUUAUAGAUAUUUUGCGACUUGCAAGUGAGAGCUAAACGGAUUUCUAGGUCACUAAAAUUUUCUUCCAGACCCGAGCUACUCAACUGGUUUAACGGGAAGCGCCUCUUCAUUUGGCCGAUCCUUGCAGGAGUUCCGAUUGUCUGUUGGGCCAGUGUAUCUUAUUUCCUCUAUCCAGAUUCAGAAUUCACAGAGAAGGCUGUAGUGUGAGUUGACUGCGUCGCAAGGCAACUACAUAUUUUCUAAAUUACAGUCAAGUUCUCAAUGAUCAUUAUGACGGGAUUCCUCGGAAUCAAGUUUCAUACAUCGCGUAUGUUUACUACUUCUACGAUAAUGGUGAACGUAGCUUCAAUCAAAUCAAUAUCUUUGGAUGUUUUGUUCAUUACUUCGUGAUGUCAACAGCUUUCCUGAUUUUGGGUUAUUGCGGAUUCUCAACAUACUUAACAAUUCGAGCCCAUCGCGGAGCAUCUACUCGUACUCGCCAACUUCAAAACCAACUUUUCCAAGCUCUCGUUUUACAAACAGUUAUCCCAUCAAUAUUUAUGUAUAUUCCAACUGGAAUCAUGUUUAUUUUCCCAUUUCUCAAUAUUGAUUUGAAAGACAAUGCUAAUUUCAUUGUAGUCUGCUCGUUUUUAUACCCCGGGAUUGAUCCGUUGAUUACGAUUUUUAUUAUAAGAGACUUCAGAAUGGCGAUUAUAAGUGAGUUUAUUUAAAAAAAAUUAAAUUAUUGUUAAUCAAAUAAAUUUAGAUUUCAUCAAAGGGCGAAGCCUUGGCGAUGGAGGUUCUGCCGCCACUAACGGAAAAAACAAUCAAUCAAACUCUGGACAAUUCAUAAGAUCAUAA